AUGAAGAUACUGACAGUCAAUUUUCUCACAUGCGCCGUGAAGGCAUGUAAAAGCACAGCGGCCUCCUUCCCCUUACACUUCAAAGACGCCGAACUGGAGCAAGCUGAAAUCGAGUAUAACCCGGAAUUUUUGAAAAACAUUCUGCCUAGAAUCGACUGGGAAGCUUUCAAGACAACAGCUGCUGAGCUUGGUUUCUCCGAAGUUCCUGCUGCAAAGCCUACGCCAGGAGCAGAUCUUGUAGCCCUAGAUGACGACCAUGUGGUCACAUCCAAGCAGGAUGAAGCCGACCAGAAGGUCAUGAGAGACCUCCACACACUAUUGUUGGAGACGGAAGUUAUGGAGGGAAAGAUGGUUUGUGGCAAUUGUGGACAUGAGUACAGAAUCAAGGAAGGCAUUGCAAAUUUCUUGCUACCGAGUCAUUUGGGUAAAUAG